UCACUGAACCUCGGACUUAGGAAAGCAGGAUUCCCUUCCAGCUGAGGUGACUUGCAAGACCAGGAGGAAAGCGGAGUUGGGUAUCGUCGAAAAACGAAAAAUGGUCCGACUAAGGGCAUCGUUCCGCUUUGCCGGUUUGGCAUUUGCCGCAUGCUCCGUCCGAGCGGCCUCCCAGUACGGCCUUGUGGAUGUCUACGACGCGAGCAACUUCUUCACCGAGUUCGAUUUCUUCACCCAGCCGGACCCGACGAAUGGUUUCGUCAAGUACGUCGAUGCUGCCACGGCAAACCGCGAUGGAUUAGCUGGCUUUACCGAGGGCGGUGUCUACCUCGGCGUCGACUACACCAACACGACCACCACAGGGCGCCGAUCGGUCCGCCUCACCUCCAAGAAGGCCUACACCAAGGGCCUGUUCAUCGCUGAUAUCGCUCACAUGCCGGCCGGCGCGACCGGCUCUGGCUCGUGCGGCCUCUGGCCUGCCUUUUGGAUGUUCGGGCCGAACUGGCCCAACUCGGGCGAGGUGGACGUUAUCGAGGGCGUCAACAGCCAGACUUCGAACUCGGUCUCGCUGCACACCGGCGCCGGCUGCACCAUUUCCAACACGGGCACCAUCUCCACAACCAAGCUCCUGGCCGCCAACUGCCAAGGCAACGAGGGCUGCACGCAGCAAACGACCUCCUCCGACAACUACGGCACGGGCUUCAACGCCGCCGGCGGCGGUGUGUACGCCGUCGAGUGGACAAGCGCCGCCAUCAAGGUCUGGUUCUUCCCGCGCGGCAGCCCCGUCGCCACGCAGCUCGCCGCGGGCGCCGACGCGACCUCGUCGUCGUCCUCGUCUUCGUCUUCGUCUUCGUCUUCGGCAGCGUCUUCGCCUGACCCGUCGACCUUCGGGCCCCCGCUAGCCGCCUUCGUCGGCGGGCCCACCUGCUCCAUCGACCAGCACUUCGCCAACCACAACCUCGUGUUCGACACCACCUUCUGCGGCGACUGGGCCGGCCGGGUCUGGGCCGACGACGAGACGUGCUCGGCGCUGGCGAGCACGUGCGAGGACUUCGUCGGCCAGAACCCCGGCGCCUUCACCCAGGCCUACUGGCUGGUUAACGGACUGCGCGUGUACCAGGCCGGCGGCGAGGCGCAGGGCCGGCAGGGCCGGCAGCAGCUGAGGAAGGUGGGCUUUAGAAGGGGCGGACCUGCGGAGGGGCGGAGGUGGCGGGCUUGAUUUGUGCGUUUACCAGGUGGAGAGGAAGGGGCCGUUUUCUUUUCUUUGCUUUUCCUCUUUCUCUCUUCCUUUCUUUGGGCAUACUGGACUUGUGAUUAGACGGAAGCUUUGCGAAAAUAUCUUGGUAAUAGUUGAAC